AUGGCAACUUUGCAAUACCUCUCGGGCCCGGUGUACGAUUUUUUCGUCUCCAAGGAAUGCAUGACCAGCAUGCUUUCUGGCUAUCUGCUCAUGAUUGUCAUCGUGCGGAAGUUCAUGCAAGGACGGCAGCCUUUUGUUUUGAAGUUUCCCAUGCAGGUGUAUAACCUAGCACAGGUCAUCUUGAACGUGUACAUGAUUUGGGGAUUAGUUUCGCUGUCGACUCCGACCAACAUUUUCGGCAUCAACAAACAGUACACUGCGCAGCUGGAGUACUUUGUUUUCGUUCACUAUAUGUCGAAAUUUUUGGACUUUUUUGACACCCUCUUCAUCAUCUUGAGGGGCAAGGAGAAGCAGCAACUCACCUUUCUGCAUGUCUACCACCACGCAAGCAUUGGCAUGAUUUGGGGGGCUAUGUUGUACAUUGGGCAUGGAAAUGGAACCGCUGCUUUUGGUUGCCUGAUCAACAGCAUCAUCCACUGUAUUAUGUACUCUCACUACUUCUGGACUUCUAUGGGCUACACCAACCCGUUCAAGAAGUUCAUCACUCAGGCACAGCUGAUCCAGUUCGCCAUGUGCAUUAUUCAUGCUUGCCUCGUGCUUGCUUUUGAGACCAUUCUCCCAAGGCACCUGGCAUGGGCUCAGUUCGUGUACCACAUCCAGAUGCUCAUGCUCUUCGGGCAUUUCUACAGGAAGUCCUACAUCUCAGCACGGGAAGCGAAGAAGGCCAUGAAGGCACAAUAG